UACUCAUUUGUCUUCCUCAGUCACAAACGCAGACAUUUUGUGGAAAUGUGAGUUAUGAGCAGUUUGGCAAAAGCCAGAUGAACUUCACGUACAAUGUCACAGACUUGUUCCCAUACAUUGAGUAUAGACUGGAGAUGUAUCUGAAAUCUGAAGGUGUAGAUGAGAAUCCUGAUCCGGCUACGCUGACCGUCAGAACGAAUCCUGAGGUGCCAUCUGAAAUAAAAAACAUAAGUGUGACAGUGGAAGGAGCUAAGAAUGUGAGUGUAUGUUGGAGUCGGCCAGAGCCUUUCCCUGGUCCUACAAACUACACACUGACUCUGGUGGAUUUAGGAGAGGAACCACAGCGAGACAGGAAGAAAGUUAUCGCUGAUUUUGAAAACAAUUGUUCAUCCAUUGAGGGAUUAGAAGAAUUUUGGCCUUACAAAGUUAAAGUGAUGGCUUCAACAGAAGUGGGAAAUGGUCCAUCUACAAAUACAACUGAAUUUAGAACACUGGAAGCAGCUCCAGGUAAAGUGACCCAGCUGGAAAUCAGACAAAUACAGGAUACGUUUCACAGCCUGAAUGUUACAUGGAAGGCUCCGCUACUGAGAGACAGAAACGCCAACAUCACUAACUUCACUGUGACCUACAAGCUGUCUGGAAUGCAAUAUGAUAAUGAGACGGUAUUCAUCCUUCCUUGGUCACCAGCCAGGGAAGCACGUUACGCACAAACAGUGUCUGUUGAACCUGAGAAGAAUUAUACCUAUGAAAUAUCUGCAGGGAGUGUGUGUUGCCAAGGUGAAGUGUUGACAAGAAUACACUACUCUCCUGCUGGAAAUCCACCACAACCGACCGGCUGUGUGAUAGGCUGCUCUGACACCAAACCCUCCUCGUCUGAACCAGAGAGUGCCAGUUCCUUCACUAUCACAAUCACAACAGAUUUCUUCUCAAAUGAUACCAAUGGAAAAAUCACAGACUAUGGCCUUGUUGUUGAUGCAGUGCAAAGUGAUGAACCUACAGCCUCCAGUACAGUGGCUAAUAUGAAAGCUGACCAUUUUAUAGAGUUUAACAACUGGUACAAAGCCAACGAAGAUAAUUUCCAACUUCCCUAUAGAGCUACCCCUUUAGGCUGGUCUAUUCAGACAGACAAAGAGCACACAGUCUAA